AUGUCGACGGAUACCGCUACUGCCACUAACCCUGCCCCUGUGUCUUCGCCACACUCGUCUGGUUCGUCCUUGUCGUCCUUGUCAUCUCCUCCGUCGGAUACGAAUACGUAUCCUGCAUCUAUGUCUAUGUCUGUGUCGCCGGCGAGGAAACGCUCGAUAGGGGAUGUAGAUGGGCAUAUUGCUGCUGCGAAAGGGGGGGAUGAUACGAAUGCGAAUACCACUACGGAGAUGAAGAUUGAUGGAGAUACUCGUGCCGAUACGGAUGAUAACAAGGAGAAUCAGGAUACACAAGUGAAAUUAUGUGAUCUUGGGGAUGAGAAGAAGACUUCGGUUGUUGGAGACUCGGCUGCCACUACGACUGCUGCUCCGGCUGCGAAGAAGAGAAAGUUGUCGCCUGCCAGUAAAGAGGCGAAGCAGCAGGAGAAGGAGGCGAGAGAGCGGCAGAAACUAGAGGAGAAGGCUAAGAAGGAGGAAGAAAAGGCUAAGAGGGAAGAAGAGAAGGCUAAGAAAGAGGAAGAAAAGAGGAAACGGGAGGCUGAGAAAGAGGAGGAGAAGCGGGUGAAAGAAGAGGAGAAGCGGGUGAAAGAAGAGGAGAAGCGAGCUAAGGAGGAGGAGAAGAAGAAGCGCGAAGCGGAAAAGGAAGAGGAGCGCAAGAAGAAGGAAGAGAAACGGAAGGUUAAAGAGGAGGAAAAGGCUGCUAAGGAGGAAGAGAAGCGGAAAAAAGAGGAGGAGAAGCUGAAGAAAGAAAGAGCGCAAACGAAGCUGAACUCCUUUUUCGCGAAACCGAAAACCCCGGCACAACCAUCAUCAUUGAACACGACUCUCUCACCUAGCAAACCGACUGGCGCUGGCGCUUCGAAUGACCUUUCUCAUGACUCUGGAUCGACUGUAUCUGACUACCAGCGCGAGUUUCCGGACUUCUUCCUCCAGUCACAUACCACACUUGCGCCACCGCACAGGUUCCAGCGCGACAACGAAGCUCUGCAGCAUACGCGGGAGAAAGUUGAUGCCUACCUGAAAAGUGCCAAGGAUGGCAAGCAUGAGCCUUUAAUAUUUCCGACGGCGUGGACGAUUGCCCGCUUCGGUCAACAGAUCCUUUUACAGAUGCAGAAUCUUGCAGAUCAGUCAGAGACCUCCGAAGCUGCCCAGAGGGCUCGCGAUCUUCUGAGGCAGGUGAGAAUGAAAUCGCUGAAAUUCAGCGAGGAUGUCCGGCCUCCAUACCAGGGAACCUAUAGCAAGAGCCUGCCGGAGUCAUCCGUCCGCCGGUUGAUGCGCAAUCCUUUUCGUCGCGGGCUACCGGAGACGAAUUAUGACUACGACUCGGAAGCUGAGUGGGAAGAGCCCGAGGAAGGCGAGGACCUAGAUUCAGAGGAAGAAGAGGAAGGGAGUGAAGAUGGAGAGGAUGACAUGGAUGGCUUCCUGGAUGAUGAGGAUGAUCACCCGAUUGACGGCAAGAGACGUCACAUCGUCGGGGAUCUAGAACCCGUCAGCACUGGUAUACGAUGGCAGGAACAUGGCGUGGACCCGGAGCUGCAGGCGUACAAAAUGGAGACCAUUUCCGACUCGGUGACUUUCCCUAUUGACCCGUUCUCCACUGCCUACUGGCAGAAACCGAAGGCGGCCGCGGAGCCAGCGCAGGCGGCUGGGCUGGGGCGCUCGACACUGCACGCUUUCAUGGGAGGACAUACAUCGUCGCCAUCAUCACACAAACCGACAGGGACUGGGCCGGGAGCGGACGGGGGCACCCUGGCCGUUCUGACAGCGGGGAGGACAAAGCGAACGUUGCCGCCGGAGCAGCUGGAAGAGUUCAAGCAGGUGGUGAAUGGCAGUGAUCUGACCAAGAUGGGGCUAAUUGAAAUCUUGAAGAAACGGUAA